UAAAAAUUUAGAGAGAGAAAAAAGUGGGCCUUUUUAUUUUUUUAUAUUUUUUUUGGUUUUUACUAAUUUUCUCAAUGCUUCAAUGGUUGAAUUAGAAUAGAAAGAAAACCCAAAUGAUUUUGUGAAUUCUUUUUACUUUUUUUUUUCAUUGAUGGGGUUUUGAUUGAAGCUAUGAUCUCUGCGAACCCAAAAGAGCGAUCGAUCUUCGAUGCAGUGAUUAUUGGAUUGGUUUGGAUUUGAAUUUGAUUGGUGACCGUUUGAUUUAGUGGGGGAGAGCACAAUGAACGGUGGUGAUGAGGUCGUCGCAGCUCCGGUGGACCCACCUCAGCCUCUGGAGUGGAAAUUCUCUCAGGUUUUUGGAGAACGCACCGCAGGUGAAGAAGUUCAGGAAGUUGAUAUAAUUUCAGCAAUCGAAUUUGACAAAACGGGUGACCAUCUUGCUACUGGUGACCGUGGGGGCCGGGUGGUACUCUUUGAGAGGACAGAUACAAAAGAUCAUGGUGGCUCUAGAAGGGAUUUGGAGAGGUUGGAUUAUCCAAUUGGUAGGCAUCCUGAGUUCCGUUAUAAAACAGAGUUUCAGAGCCAUGAACCUGAGUUUGACUAUCUCAAGAGCUUGGAAAUUGAGGAGAAAAUCAACAAAAUUAGAUGGUGUCAAACAGCCAACGGGGCUUUAUUUCUUCUUUCCACAAAUGACAAAACAAUUAAAUUUUGGAAGGUCCAAGAAAAGAAGAUCAAGAAAAUUUCUGACAUGAAUUUGGACUCUUCAAAAGCUGUUGGAAAUUGCAGUGUUGCUAGUUCGAGCAAUUCAAUUAGCCCUAGACCGUACCUUGCAAAUGGAGGAUGCCCAGACAGAUCAUACAGUUCUCUGAGCAAUGAGCUCUCAUUCCCACCUGGGGGCAUUCCUUCACUACGUUUACCCAUGGUAGUUGUAGCUAGCCAUGAAACCAGUCUUGUAGCUAGAUGUCGAAGGGUAUAUGCUCAUGCUCAUGAUUAUCAUAUCAAUUCCAUUUCAAAUAACAGUGAUGGUGAAACUUUUAUAUCUGCGGAUGAUCUUCGAAUAAAUCUUUGGAACUUGGAAAUUAGCAAUCAGAGUUUUAAUAUUGUGGAUGUGAAGCCUGCAAACAUGGAGGAUCUGACUGAGGUGAUAACUUCAGCAGAAUUCCACCCUAGCCAUUGCAAUAUGUUAGGAUAUAGCAGCUCCAAAGGUUCAAUCCGCCUUAUUGAUUUGCGGCAAUCAGCUUUAUGUGAUUCUCAUGCCAAAUUGUUUGAGGAACCAGAGCCACCUGGUACUAGAUCAUUUUUCACCGAGAUAAUUGCUUCAAUCUCAGAUAUUAAGUUUGGAAAGGAUGGAAGAUAUAUACUUAGUCGUGAUUACAUGACUCUUAAGUUAUGGGACAUUAAUAUGGAUUCAGGUCCAGUUUCGACCUUCCAGGUUCAUGAAUAUUUAAGACCAAAGCUGUGUGAUUUAUAUGAAAAUGAUUCAAUCUUUGAUAAAUUCGAGUGUUGUCUGAGCGGCGAUGGAUUACGAGUAGCUACAGGUUCUUACAGCAAUUUAUUCCGUGUGUUUGGUUCCUCCCCUGGAAGUACUGAGGCAACAACUUUGGAAGCCAGCAAAAAUCCUAUGAGGCGACAAGUUCAGACCCCUUCAAGGCCUUCCAGAUCCUUGAGCAGUAGUUUAACAAGAGUUGUCAGACGAGGAGCAGAAAGCCCUGGGGUUGAUGCAAAUGGAAAUUCAUUUGAUUUUACAACUAAGUUGCUGCACCUAGCAUGGCACCCAAGUGAAAAAUCAAUUGCCUGUGCUGCUGCCAACAGCUUGUACAUGUACUAUGCAUAAAAAUGGUCCAAGAAGAAAUGUAAUUUGCUUGAUUAACUGCUUUUUGGUUGCUGUUGGAGAAGGCUCCUCGCCUUUCCCACGACCAGUCCGUUGGAGGCUACAUCAAAUUCUCACAAAUUCAAGUGCCCCGUAAAAUCUGUAGCAUGUGCUUUAAACAUCGAAGUUCAGAAGUGGCUGCCAGAAUCCAUGAGGAAGCAACCUGAUUUUGUUCCCGGGUGGGCAGUGUUUCUUUUUACUUCCUCCUCCCAACCUCCAAAAUUUCUUUGUUUUUCUUUUAUCACCAUCUUUUUUCUUUUUCUUUUUUUCCGUAUCUUCUUCUGAAAGGGAAGAUGCAGUUAUGUUCUAAAUUUGCGUUGGGUUGAAGUCAAGAAAGAAAAAUGUGAUUGUAGCUCUCCUACAACAAACACUAAAGGAUGUUCAAUAUUUGCCACUAGGUUUAAGAUAAAAAUGUAGCUUUUACUCAGAAAUCUUGCUGGGAUGGAGAUGUUGAAACUUGCAGUGCGUCAAUUUUUUUAUUGAUUCUUUGUCGUGGUUUAAAUUUCAUUGAGGCUGUUUAAGUCUAGUACUUAUUUGUAGCUUUCAAUUUCAGUAUCAGUAAAGAAAAAGCAAUAAUGGUGUUAGA